AGUGAAAAUGACUUGUAGUUGACAAUGGAGAAGCAAAGACUUAAAGAUGUGAACCCACCCUGAUAUGGAAUCCCUCUUCUUUUUAUUGAUGUGUUUUAUGUGUGUGCUUGCUACAAAUCCAGAUUUUAAAAAAGCGAAGACCUGCUAUGUUUCGGUUGGGUAUAACAUAGACUACUUGGGUAGUGAGAACAUGACGGAGACAGGAGCAGGAUGUCUCAACUGGCAGGACACUUCCUGGGCCUCCAGAGACUUUGACGGUACGAUGGAGAACAACUUCUGUCGGAACCCCGACAAGGACAUGAAAGGGCCUUGGUGUAUAACGAGAAAUGGCAGGAGACGAUACUGCAACAUUCCCAAAUGUGCCUCAUCAGCGAUGUUUGAUGGUACGGGAAACAUAGAACACGAUCUGUAUAGUUUAAAUAGUACCAUGUCAGAAAAUAUAUCCUUCGCUUUUUACACGAAUCAGCGGGGUCAGAAUGACGCCACCCUCCUGACUGUAAACACUUGGAAGAGUGGCCAGCUGCUCGACAUUAAGAUCCAAUCUGAGAAAGGUGUCAACGACGUCAUAAAACUACAGUGGAGAUUCAGCCGAAACAAUCCACAAGUUCUGGUAACAUCUCGCCCAGAUAUGGCAGCCACUGGAGAUAUUGUCAGAGUACAAGUCAUCAGAGAAGGAAGAAAUUUAACGAUGAGAGUAAACGGAGAAGAUUAUUCAACAGUAAUCAGAGAAUCCGUAACAUCAGACGGAAUAUUUGCAGCUCCAGAGAACAUCUACAUUGGAAAGUCUCCGUACGGAACAAAUGGCUUCAGAGGGUGCAUCUCAGACUUCAACUACAACGAUGUCAGAACACUUGACAUGGCCAUGGGUUCUCGCCCUAAGCCAAAAGACGAGCGUAUAGCGAUCAGUAGAGGUGUUUGGGAGGGGUGUUUGCUGAUACCCCCCUCUGACUGGGCUCCCCCACCACUUCUACCCACUGAGAUUCCUAAUGUGGUGGACGUUAACGAAAUUACCGUUACCGUCAACGCUCGCCUCAAUGGCAACAACACGCAAAACAGUGGAACUACCACCAGCUCCUCUCUCCUCGUCCUGAUAAUCACAAUGUUUAUAUCUCUGCAGUAUGGUUAGCACGCCUCCUCUCCACUUUCUCUUUCUCACCUUACUCUGCACCCGGAGUAUUUUAAACUAUCAAACAAUUAGCAAACAAUUGCACAAUUAGGAAACUAAUUGCACAAUUAGCAACUGAUUGCACAAUUAGCAACUAAUUGCACUAGUUGUGUGAUCAUUGGCCGUGGCCAGUUUUAGUUGAUGACGCGCGUUUGACUGAGGAGCUAUAUUGAGAUGUCGUGUGCGGCUAGGUGAACCAGCCUGGCAGUCUGCCAUGCCAGCAGCCUGGCAGCUUGGCAGCCAGCUUAGGAAUAGAUGCUCAUAUCCUGGUCAUCUUAUUUACAAAUGAGAUGAAUUCUACUAAAAUAGAUUUACGUAUUUUUACUUUUUCGGUGGAACCAAAUGGCAGGUUCACAAUGGAAAUGCAAGGAGCAAUUCAUUUACUAGCAUCAGAACAUCCAUUAUACGUCCGUGGGACUGAUUUAAACUGUUCUAGAUGCUUGCAGAACAACGAGAAAAUGAUAUUAGAAUUAGGGUCUGUUAACAUUACUUAGGAAAACAUCAUACUUAUCGAUUAAUCAGAUGUUUUUAAAACCUUAGAGAAACAACAAUGUAUCCAAGUUUUUAAUGUAGUGUUUUAUUUUCUAAAAAGAAGCAAGAAUUAAGCGGACCUCAUGAAUUUCUAACUUUACUUUUGUUUUUAUAUCUUUUGACGAAUGAAUAUGCUAAUAUCAAUAAUAAGGCUAUAAUUGUAGCUCUGUAAUAGCCAUUUAAUUUAGAUAAUGUCGUAAACUUCUUAUUUGAUAAAUAUUUGAGUUAUUACAAUAACGGUAAAAUUAGCCCAGUCAGGGCUCAGUUGAUGCAUUGUUGAAUUAAUGGUUCUGUCGUCAGGGAGUUAAAACACACGUGGUUUGCCACGUUAUUACACACGUUGUUUGCCACGUGUCAGUGCACUUCCAGUAUUUUGAUUGGUCAAAUUUAAUGGAGUUGCUUGUUUUGAACUCCUGCCCGAUGCCCCAGUUACAGGACCUAUCUGUCCAUUUUCCAGUUAUUUGUUAGAUUUUGAUUUGAAAGCACGGUCAUAACGUUCUUUAACUGUUUCUUUUUUUUGGUAGACUAUAUCCAAGAUCACCCUGUCUCUAGUUUUUCAUGAUUUUUAUUUGUUA